UUGAGGUGGGGCCCUCGACCCCACCGCAGCAUCUUUUGCGGCCUAGUCCGCGCGAAGGGAAAAAGGCAAGGCGCUUUUGCACGCGGGCAAGACAACCCUUUCACCCCUUGCCAGCCGCCUCAGCCGGAGGCCCCCAAGAGGCGACCACCAAGGUUCCGCGCUUGCGUGGCGCAGGAGGCCCAACCCAACCUAACCCAGCCCAGCCUUACAGGCGGGCGUCGGUCGCUUAGUGCCGGAAGCCGGCGCGAUGAAGGCGGUGCUCCGGCUGCCACGUUGAAGCGGAACGUGGAGGAGUCGCGGCCGCUGCGAGACGCCGAGGAGGAGUUGGAGGAAGGCGGCGGCAGCAGCAGCGGAGCCUCAAGAGGCCCGAGCGGCGCUCCUCUCCGGCCAGGAUGGCACAACGGCUUUACUGCAAUCAAAGCUGCAACCAAAGGAUGUAAUGAUGUUACAGAGGAAUUACUUAAAUUCUCCCUUGCACACGGAAUAGAAUGAUGCUAUAUGCUCUCAGUGUACAUAAAAGAAAAGAUACCUUCAUCAAGAAUCAUAAGCAGGAUGAAGCUGAAAGAGGUAGACCGUACUGCCAUGCAGGCAUGGAGUCCUUCUCAACAUCAUCCCAUUUACUUGGCCACAGGUACCUCUGCUCAGCAGUUGGAUGCCACUUUCAGUACCAAUGCUUCCCUAGAAAUAUUUGAACUUGAUUUGACAGACCCAGCACUGGAUAUGAAGUCCUGUGCCACUUUCUCCUCCCCUCAUAGGUAUCACAAAUUGAUCUGGAGUCCUCACAAAACAGCAUCCGAUGAGACUCUUUCCGGAGUUCUUAUUGCUGGUGGUGAAAAUGGGAAUAUAAUUUUGUAUGAUCCGGCUAAAAUAUUAGCUGGUGAAACCGAAGUCGUGAUUGCUCAGAACGACAAGCAUACGGGACCUGUAAGAGCUCUGGAUGUUAAUCUAUUCCAGACAAAUCUAGUAGCGUCUGGUGCAAAUGAGUCAGAGAUCUACAUCUGGGAUUUAAAUAACUUUGCAACGCCAAUGACACCGGGAAGCAAGACGCAGCCUCCUGAAGACAUCAGCUGUAUUGCGUGGAACAGACAAGUCCAACAUAUCUUGGCCUCUGCAAGCCCCAGUGGUCGUGCUACAGUGUGGGAUCUGAGGAAAAACGAGCCUAUCAUCAAAGUCAGCGACCACAGCAAUCGGAUGCAUUGCUCGGGGCUGGGAUGGCAUCCUGAGGUCGCUACGCAAAUGGUUCUGGCUUCAGAAGAUGACCGGCUACCCGUAAUCCAGAUGUGGGAUCUGAGAUUUGCAUCUUCUCCUCUUCGCGUUCUUGAAAACCAUGCAAGAGGUAUUUUGACAAUCGCUUGGAGUAUGGCAGAUCCUGAACUACUGCUGAGCUGUGGCAAAGAUUCUAAAAUCCUUUGUUCCAAUCCAAACACGGGAGAGGUAUUGUAUGAGCUUCCUACCUCUACCCAGUGGUGUUUUGAUGUGCAGUGGUGUCCCAGGAAUCCUGCCCUUCUCUCUGCUGCUUCUUUUGAUGGGCGAAUCAGUGUUUACUCAAUCAUGGGAGGAAGCACGGAUAGCCUACGACAGAAACAAGCGGACAAGCUCUCCUCGUCUUUUGGCAAUCUGGAUCCCUUUGGAACGGGGCAACCCCUUCCUCCUCUGCAGCUCCCACAACAGACCGCCCCACAGAGCACAGUUCUCCCUCUGAAGAAACCUCCCAAGUGGAUUCGUCGACCCGUGGGAGCAACUUUUUCAUUUGGAGGGAGGCUGGUCACCUUUGAGAACAGCAAGAUUCAACAGCAAGGAGAACAUCCCCAACAGCCCUACCACGUUUACAUUAGUCAAGUUGUUACCGAGAAGGAAUUCUUGAACCGGUCCAACCAGCUGCAGGAAGCGGUUCAGGCCGAAGCCUUCGUCAGCUACUGUCAGAAGAAAAUCGAUGUAGCCAAAAACGACUUCGAGAGGAACGUGUGGUCAUUUCUCAAGGUGCAUUUUGAGGAAGACUCCCGUGGCAAAUAUCUGGAACUCUUGGGGUACAAAAAAGAUGGCUUGGGACAGAAGAUUACUUCAACUCUUGCUAAGGAGAGUCCACAGGGCAGAGAUCAAGAUGAGGCUCACGAGGAAGCUGACCAGCUUGCACAGCCUGAUGGUGGAGAGGGCCUUGCUGCUAAGGACCAGCUGUUGGCAGAGAUUAAAAAUGUGGAGGUUGAUUCACUGCAACCCAUCAAUGAAACCUUUAACAUUUCUGUCACUGGAGACAUUGAUGGCUUGAUCACUCAGGCUUUGCUUACGGGGAACUUUGAAAGCGCCGUUGACCUUUGCCUGCAUGACAAUCGCAUGGCUGACGCCAUUAUUCUUGCUAUAGCUGGUGGCCAGGAACUCUUAUCCAAGACGCAGAAGAAGUAUUUUGCAAAAACAAGAGGCAAAAUUACCAGGCUCAUUACUGCUGUUGUAACCAAGAACUGGAAGGAGAUUGUCCAGUCGUGCGAUUUGCAAAACUGGAAAGAGGCCUUGGCAGCUGUGUUGACUUACGCUAGGCCGGAUGAAUUUGCAAUUCUUUGUGAUUUGUUGGGCUCAAGACUCGAAAACCAAGGGGACAGCGUUUUGCAAACGCAGGCUUGCCUGUGCUACAUUUGUGCCGGAAAUGUGGAGAAGUUAGUUUCUUGUUGGACUAAAGCCCAGGAUGGAAACAAUCCACUGUCUCUUCAGGAUCUCAUUGAAAAAGUGGUCAUUCUGCGUAAAGCUGUCCAACAGACCCAGGUGAUGGAUGCCAACGCUGUCGGGGCCCUUCUGGCUGAAAAGAUGAGCCAGUAUGCCAACCUUUUGGCUUCUCAGGGCAGCAUCGCUGCAGCGCUAGCUUUUCUUCCAGCUAAUACCAACCAGCCGAACAUCGUGGUGCUACGGGACAGAAUCUGUAAAGCGCAGGGGGAGCUUCCCAGGGGCCCAGAGGCACCCCCAGCACCUUACGAGAGGCAACCAGCAGCCAAAGGGAGAAGUGGCUCUGCUGCUGGCCAGAUGCAGAUGCCACAAAACCCGACUCCGCAAUAUUACCAGCAGGUUAGAAUUGCCCCUACUGUUACUACCUGGAGUAACAAAAACCCCACUGCCCUUCCCAGCCUUCCUGCAGCCUCUCCCUUUGAGACACAGAGGGACAACCCACCACCACCUCCAGGGUUUAUUAUGCAAAAGGACAUGAACCCCCACAUGCCACCGCAUCAGCCUCCCCAUCCUGAUUACAACAUGUACACCAGGCAGCCGGGCCCACAACCUUGUCAGCCACCCCAACCGUAUUCUUUUCGACCGUCGCUCUAUCAGCCGCAGCAACCUCUUCUUGCCCCUCCUACUUCGACCUCCUACCCUACCUCUAACCCCCCUUACAUGCCCUCUAACCCUGCCAGUGCCAUGCCUCCCCCCUUAUACUCCUCCCAACCCCAGGCCUCUCCAACCAGCUUGAAUCCGAGUUCUUCUCUUCCUCCUCCCCCUACUUCCGGUGCCUCCUUCCAGCAUGGCCGGCCAGGAGCUCCACCAUCUUCUCUGCCGUCGUACGCGUUGCCUCCUGGACCAACAGAAUAUCAUUAUUUACAAGACCAAGCCAGUUUCCUGCAAGGCCCUCAGAACGGCUGGAACGAUCCCCCUGCUCUCAGCAGAGCUGGAAAGAAGAAAAAGGUGCCUGAUACCUUCUUGCCUCCUGUUCCCAUCACGGCCCCCAUCAUGACUCCUUUGUCAGACCCACAAGCUCAGCUGCAGCAGCCUCCCGCUUCAGCCCCACCUCCGACUCAGGUUCCCUUCCAGCCCUCCCAUCUGCCUCCGGGCCAGCCAGGGUUACAGAACCCCUUCCAGAACGUUUCAUCACCAGGGGUCCAGACAAUCAUGACUCCAACGGUAUCGGCGUCUAGUAUGGAAGGAGCACCAGGAGCUCCAACGGGAAACACCAUGCAGCACAUGCAAUCCCUGCCCACGGAGAAGAUAACGAAAAAGCCCAUUCCUGAGGAACACCUCAUCCUAAAGACCACUUUUGAAGCUUUGAUCCAGAGAUGUCUCUCUUCAGCUACCGAUCCGCAAACCAAGAGGAAAUUAGACGAUGCAAACAAACGCCUGGAGUUUCUGUAUGAUAAGCUUAGAGAUCAGACGCUCUCCCCGAUGAUCAUCAAUGGUUUGCACAACAUUGCCAGGAGCAUUGAAACCCGGAACUACAGCGAGGGGUUGACCAUCCACACUCACAUCGUCAGCACAAGCAACUUCAGUGAAACCUCAGCUUUCAUGCCCGUGCUGAAAGUCGUCCUCACUCAAGCCAACAAGCUUGGAGUCUAAAGUGGGCUUCGGGAGCUGUGGAAGGUGCAUGACGUGUUCCACAUUCUGUCCCUUAGCGCAGGAGUCCCCAACCUUGGCCACUUUAAGCCUGGUGGACUUCAACUCCCAGAAUUCCCCAGCCAGCUUUGCUGGCUGGGGUAUUCUGGGAGUUGAAGUCCUCCAGGCUUAAAGUGGCCCAGGUUGGAGACCCCUGCCUUAGCGCAUGAUGCGGUAGAGAGAGCAGGUCACGGCAGUAUCCCUGCCAGAGGAGCUUCAUUUUAGAAGGGCUCGUGAGCUCUGGUGCUUAUUCUUUCUCUUCUCUUUUAUUAUUCCUACCUACAGAUACUGUAUUUAAUUAUGCCACCCCCCUCCAUAUCGUCCAUUUUAAAUGCAUGGUAUCUGCUGCUUUGAAAGUGGCUUUUAAAUACUGUAAAGAGAGAGGAUGAGGCGGCCGUCGUCAAAAAAAAAAAAUCCUUCCACAAGUCUCAUUAUCAAUCAAUUAAAAGUUCCAGAUUCUA